AUGCUCAAAGUAAAUUGUGCACCAGAAAGCAGCAAGAGCCAGAGCAGAAUAGCACCAUUUCUGAAACAGUCACUGACACCAGAGGACAGGAAGAUUUAGAUGACAGAAGGGAGCAAGACUUAGAUCACAGUUAUUCCUGUACUCCGGCAGUCUCUGACAGUAGCAGGGAGCAAGAUUCAAAUCACAUUAAUUCCUUUACUCAAGCUGUCUCUGAUCCCAAAGGACAACAAGAAGCAUCUAAAAGUAUACAGAUCAUACCAACAACACAAACUGACCAACAUGCAUCGAUGAAACAGGUUGGUUCUAGUGGAGUUAAAGAUACAGUAAAGAAAUACUUGAUUGUUUGGGCUCCAAAGCGUCCGAAUUCAACCCAAAAAGGAGAUUCAGUGCCUAACAAAGAUGUCGAUUUGAAAAGCCCUCUCACCGUUUCUACUCGACCAAAUGUAGUUCGGAGUGAAAUACCCAUCAAGACAGCAACCAAUAAGACUACUAUGAUAUCAAGUGUUUCUUCCAAUAAGGUUCUAGCAAGCUCAUUGAAAUCUACUCAAAGAGGACAAUUCUUGCCAGAUCAAAAUAACACACAUGAUAUUGGCACAUUUGUCUCUCAGCCACAACUUACCUUGAAAAACAAAAUUACAGACGAGCCUCUUUUAAAGGAUUCAGAGAAAAAGUCUAGUGUUACUUGGAUUUCUAUAUUGAAACCAAAAAAAUCUAAUAUUGACACCAGAAAGGAGAUAGUUGACACCAAAAAGGAGAUAGUUGACACCAAGAAGAUGGUUCAAAAGUUACAAGGAAAUGGGCCUUUCAUCUGUGAUGCUUGUGGAAUGACGUUUAGCUACUUAGCGCUUCUCAACUUACACAAAAUAAAGCACAAAUCUGUGUCAAAAAUGAUGUAUUACUGUAAAAAAUGUAAGUGUUCAGUUUAUGAAAAGGAUCGAGAGGCUCAUGAACGCACUCAUAAAAAGGCCUACAAACCAGAAAUGUACAUAUGCCAGUACUGUGGUAAAGACUUUCCUACAAUGAAUAAAUGUACUCUUCAUGAAAGAACUCACUUAGGAGAAAGGCCAUUUAUUUGUAAGGUUUGUGGAAAGGCAUUAGUUCGGAAGAGAAACUUGAUAUUGCAUGAAAUGACCCAUGCUGGAAAAAGGCCACAUAAAUGCCGUUUCUGUGAGAGACGCUUUGUGCAGAAACAUGCUGCUAUUAACCAUGAAUGGGUUCACACGGGAGAAAAGCCUUUCAAGUGUAGGUUUUGCGGAAAGAGGUUCACACAAAGUGGUACACGUAACAGCCAUGAGAGGAUCCACACCAAUGUGAGGACCUUCCACUGCCAAUAUUGCAGGAAAGUUUUCGCUUAUGAGAGAGAAUGUGUUAAACAUGAAGCUGUUCACAAGGACAUAAAAUCAUAAAUUAUGAAGUGAAUUUACUUAGCACCAGUUAUAUCAUAAACAAGAAGUGCGUAAUUUGCAUGAACAAAAUUACAUAUUUUAUUUUUAUUCUAUUUUAUUUUUUUACUUUAUUGAAAGUUUGAAGAUUUGUUUUUAUGUUAAUAAAAGCUCCCUUAAAACCAUUGGUCACAUGAACAUGAUGCGUUUGACAGUAUUUGAUAAAAAAAUUAAAAAUACUACAUUUCCAUCAUUUGAUUGAAUAAUACACCCCUAAAAUAUGUAUGACUUGGUUGUUGUUUAACUAUUUGGGGAUUGCGCACAGUUCUAGAUGUGAAGAGUGAAUUUGUUAUUAAAAAUAAAGACAGCACUUAAGUUAGUGUCUUAUAUGAAAUUGAUUGGACCUGGAGUUUUGCACGAGUUGUGUUUUAUAAUGAUUUGAUAGGUCAUAUACACUUUGCUUUGUCCAAUUACAAAUAAGAUCAUAAAAACAGCAUAAUUUUCACAUAAAACCAAUUACAAUUCAGAUAAUCCAUAAUAACAUUUCCUAGAGCAAUAUGCUUCAACUUUCUAAUGUUACAUAUAUGCGUCGAUUCUGUAGAGUGGAUGCCAGUUGGCAGCAUUAUUCCAUUCAAUUGUACAAACAAAUUAAAAAGAGAUGUGCCCUUUAGUUAAAAGAUGAACACACAUUUCUGUCAGUACAAAAUUUUGAGCAAUGUUGAUUGAAAUACUAUCCUGUUCGACUGCACAAUAAGAGACUCCUCUUAAAGCCUUUGACAAUUUGUUUUACAGCAGGAAAACCAGGUGGAGCAAAGAAAUGAAUUGCUCAGCUCAUCACAUACCAAAAGGGAGCAUCCUCAAGUUAUACUUA